UCUUUGGACAAAUCACUGUACCACCACAUCACCCUCGGAAUAGAAUCCUCCUCUACCGAAAUUCUCUCCACUUAUGUAGCAAUGCAUUUUCUGCCUUAAAUCACAUAAAAAAUUUAUAUAACAUACUAAAAAAACUCACACGAUCUCACGACCCAAAACAUUUUGGUACAAAGAUACAUCAAUUUCUCGGUACAAAGGAUCUUGGGUGCAAUACCCUCACAUCGCUCGACGCGUAUCCAAAUGAAAGACUACAACGUCGUCAAAUUCUGCUACGUGUUGUGUUCUUUUGAGAGUUACUCCAAUUUAUGGUAGAGAAUUGGCCUUUGACAACGUGACCACAUUUGGUACCAAAGAAAGACUAUAUAAUAUAUUUUUUGAAAGAUCAACCACACAUAUAUUGCUUAAAAUUGCAAUCUUCCUUCUUCCCUCUCCCUGUCUUGAAAAUCCUGCAAAUUUUUUUCCAACCAUAGUUUUUCCUGCAUCUGGAACCCAUAGAUUUACCCGUAAACCACAAGACUUGGCCGCCUUCUUCCUCUUUCUCUCCUCAUAUUACUACAUAUCGACCAAAGGUGUCACUUCAAUACAUUAUUGUUUUCAUCCUAGUAUCUUUUUGUUUGCACAGGUAAAGAUGAAAGGCUGCAGAGGUUGUGAUUUGUGCAUUCGUGAAGAAGCAGCUCUAUACUGCCCCUCCGAUUCAGCUUACCUCUGUUGGAACUGCGACGCUAAGUUACACCAGGUCAACUUCCUCGUAGCCCGUCACGUUCGCUGCCCUCUCUGUUCCAAAUGCAAAUGUCUUAUCACCGAAAACCACAUGUCCGGUUCGGGAUUCAUCCAACCUCAUCCCCACCAGCUGACCGUAUGUCGCUUGUGCUCACACAAGGACUCUUCCCAGGCCGACAACCCCCGUUCACUAUCCUAUUUCAAUUUCCAACAGCUAUCCUCUUGUUCGUCGUACGCCGAGUCCUCGUCAACUCCUCCUCCUAAAAGAUCGUCAGUACUCAUUGACCUCAAUCGCCUCAAGAUGGAUAAAAUCGUCUCUUCUUCAAGCUCUGUUAUGGAACUAUCCAGCAGCACUCGUAUUGCCCCUACGUCUAAGAAGGCCAAGACUAGUACUACUACUACUACUACUACUAGGGAAUCGAAAGUGAUAACUACUGCCCUACGAUCGUGGCCUAGUAGUAGUAUUACUAAAAAUGUGGAACAUUCGAAGGCGGUGGAGGUUGAGGGUUUUGCCUCGCUCUGGUUCAGCUGGAGAUUGUGCGGGGCGUCCACGUGGCAAGUGUUGAAGCGGCUUGAGGAGAUCUCUGGGGUGCCGGCCAAGCUGAUAUUUGCCGCCGGGGAGUCGAAGCUCACACGUGUCUUGAGCAACAAACGGAGGAGGUCCAAGUCCAACCGGUGCCAUGAUCAACCGGAGGAGGGUUGGGCGGAAACUCAGUACUGCUCUACUUGAUUCUCAGUGUUCUCUUUUUUAGGAGUAAUUUAUUUUGGGGUAGGAUUUGUGGUUUCAUGUGUUUCAUGU